AUGCACAUCUCCUCCCACACAGUCGUCCUUUUGGUCCUCCUCGUCACCCUCGCGACCCUCUCCUCCGCCCGCCCCCUGCCCUCGGCGCCCUCCUCGAAUCCCAAAGUCUCCCUCGACCCGGUCGCCGCCGCUCUCGCUUCCAAAAUCGCAGCCAUCGACAAGCAGAUUGGCAAGUUGCCGGUCCUGCCGGGCGUGCCGAGCGCGUUGAAGCUGGAAACGGCGGCGACGACGCUGGUCAAGGUUGUCGCGCCUGCGACUGCGACGGCAGUGGGCAACCCGAAGAACAAGGCAAAGACGCUACCUCGACGAGCGGCCUCUUUCGGCGUACCUUCGCCCUCGCAAACUCGCGGACCCUCUCUCGACCGCCGAGUAGUCGGCUCAAACCCGAAGCACACCUCAGCUUUGCCAACAACGUCAAAACAGCCGAUCAAAGUCGCGCCAACUCCCAUCGCUGGCAACCCUAAACACGCGACGACCACGACGAGCGAGAAGGUUUUCUCCAACCCGUCGAAGACGACGCUCAAAAUGGUGCCGGUGACGUUCACGUUGUCGGACGGGAGCACAAAGGUUGUUACGAGGGUCGGAGGACCGGGUCACCCUGGAGAGCCGGGAGGUGUCAGUCCUACGGGGAAGAAGCAGCCCUAG